GCCAGAAUGGCCGAGACCUGUGUGGGAGUGCAGGGCCUUUAUAUGCUAGUUUGUACUAUAUUUUGAGAAUGUUGUGUAUGUGCAUAUUGUUGGAAAGGUUAGACAGUGCAGUACAAAAAGAGUGCAGCUUUUCAGACCUCUGAAGAACAUAAAACACUACAAAAAUGAAGACCUGUACUGUACACAUGAUUAUGGUUGUGUUAACCUCCAGCACUGUGCACAACAGACCAGCUAUGCUCAGCUGCUAAUCAUGGGAUUAUUCUGCUUAACUAAGACUAUUAAGUGUUCCACAUUCAAAUGGCGUCUCCCACAGGCAGACCUCGGAGAGGAUCAUCCCUUCACUAUAGAGCUCUUACAGAGAACUGAAUACUACACAGGGGACCCAGUGGAAGGGCCGGGAAAAUGCCCUUGUAUACCAACAGGAUGUCACGGUAGGUUACACUUGGGGCACAGAGGGAGAGAGAGAGAACUGCGAAGGAAGAAGAUGGACCUCAGAGGAACCCAGAGAUAAAACUAUAGUUUUAAAUUACCUCACCUGGCUUGCAGGACACAAACAUACAUUACCACAUCACUAUCAAGUACAGUUUGGCUAUCAACUUUGCAGUGCUUUUACUGUUUAAAGGAAGAUGUGGAGAUGCAGAGAGCUGAAUUAUUGAGACAAAAACAGCACAACCAAUGAGGACAAUAUCUCUUCUGUGUGUCUCUGCUUGGCAACACAGCUCUGCCUCCGGGUUCACGGGUUGAUCUGUCUGGAGCAACAAGCCAUCACUGGGACCGUCUCUCAUGUCAUCUCUGACAUGAUGCUCCUGAUGCUGACAGGGAUAAUGAUGAUGAUGAUGAUGAUAUCUAACACUGCCCAGUCACAUAUCUGACAAUCCUGCAGCACAGACGCAUAUUCCUUGUCCGUUGAGGCAGCAGCAGAGACAUAAGGAGCUGGUCAGUGUGGAAUCAGUGCCAAUGGCCCUAUUUAUCUGGAAGUGUACCGUCUGGACACCUGUGACCAUGGCUCUGUAGUCCUCGUGUGACCUUUUUGUUUGACCAUCUGUCCGAGUUGGCAAAUCAUGGCCAGUAUGGUGGUUCAACUCCUUGGCUUCUUCUUGGGGCUGUUGGGGUUUGCAGGAACUGUUGUUGCAACUCUGCUCCCCCACUGGCGCAGCACAGCCUAUAUGGGCUCCAACAUCACCACAGCCACCGUCUACAUGAAAGGCCUGUGGAUGGAGUGUGUAUGGCACAGUACCGGCAUUUACCAAUGUGAGCUGUACAGAUCUCUACUGGCACUGCCACGCGACCUGCAGGCUGCCCGGGCGCUCAUGGUGCUCUCUUGCGUCACCUCUGUCCUGGCAUCUCUGCUGUCUGUGCUGGGGAUGAAGUGUACCCGCUUCGCCCGUGACUCGUUAAUCAAGUCUCCCCUGCUGCUAAGUGGGGGGAUUUGUUUUCUCUGUGCGGGCCUGCUCUGCCUGAUCACCGUGUCCUGGACCACAAACGAUGUCAUCAUGGAUUUCUAUGACCCCUUCCUUCCCAGCGGGCUGAGGUAUGAGAUUGGCCUGGCCGUGUACCUCGGUUACGCAUCGGCCUGCCUUAGUCUGACUGGAGGAUUGGUGCUAUGCUGGAGCAGCAGUGGUGGCAGGUCACAGAGGCCCCGCCAUAUGCAGAGGAAUCAACCAUUAUCACCUCCCCCUGCCUUCAACCACAUUUACCCUCCUGCUCCACCCUACAAGCCCCCUGAGGCCCUGAAGGACAGUCAUGCUCCUUCACUUUGCUCCCUUUCCAGCAGUGGCUAUAGGCUCAAUAACUACGUCUAGGAAACCCAAAAACUGCAAAACCAUGGGGACUGUUAUGAAUGAAAAAGAUGCUGCAUAGACCAAAACAGUCAACUAAACAUUUCUCCAACAUUUUUUAAUAUAUCUUAACAAGUAUUUAGCCUCCUCUCUACCAUAAAACAAGUUUAAAAAACAGUAUUUUACAUCACCAUGUUUGACCAAAAGUCUGAUUUUGAAAGGAUAUCACAAUGUGACACACUGCUCAGGCUUUCCUCUAACAGGACCAGAUCUGAGAGCCUAACAAAGCGUACAGUGUGUGAGAGAGAAUAGAGACCUCAAACCUGUUGACCUCCUGCUAUGUACCUGAAGGACCAGAAGGUGGCAACAUUUUACUGCAGAUAGCUACAGAAAAGACUAUAAACACACUGUAACACACAUGUUAAUGGAUCUGCUAUUUUUCUGUCACUUCCUUGCUGUAGCCUACUUUCUAGUUGGGGUUAACUUUUUUUCUGAAAGCCAAUUCAAAUAUAAUAAUUAUUUCAAAGGUAGUGGAUGAUAUCUUAUCUCAGUAUUCAAUAUUUUCAUGCCAAAGAAAAUAAAAAAAAUAAACAAA